AUGGGAAAUGAACUUGAUUACGAGGACUUCCCGACCUGCACUUUGGGUCAUGCUCUCGCGAGUGAGACCAAAAUAGCGCUGGCGAGGGCCAUUCCUACGCCCGCUGUCGAUGACGAGGAGUGGCCCAAACGGGCGCGCUUUGAGGUAGUGCAGAGGUACGGAUAUGUCGUAAUACAUGAUCUGUACCUCGCCUUUGAGUUACUCGUGCCAAACAAUGUGUUGGAGAAUCCUCACCUGGAUCUCUCGAACUGGUACGCUCAAGUCCUGAGGCGAGAGUUGCGCUUGCCGUCCUUUGAUUUGGAUGAAUUGGAGGGCGAGCUCACAGCGCUGUUCAAGCUCGAGACGAGGUCUCGGCAAUGCGACACUUGCUGGUUGCUUCGCUCGCACCCGGAAGUUCAGUGCUUCGCAGUAGGAGUAAGCAAGAAUGACUCAGCGGAAUACCUGCAGAGGAAUGCCUCUGAGACGAAAGCGAUGAAUCGCUUGAUGCCCGAACCGGCCGUGGUAGUCGUAAAUAUUGAUGGAAACCCGGUCCGAGCUUUGAUAGACUCGGGAUCAAUGUCCGACUUCGUAUCUACGAAACUGGCUCAUCAGCUACGACUUAAGACCUACGAGCUCGAGAAGCCCUUACCUGUGCAGAUGGCUGUACAAGGCUCUCGUGCGAAGGUCAAUCUCGGCUGUGUGGCUAAAUUGGAAUACCAGAACAUCAGUGAAACACGAUACUUUGAUGUUAUGAACGUACUCAACUACGAUCUGAUACUCGGCACUCCCUUCAUGUAUCAGCACU